GUCAGAUGAACAAGUUAACUACCCAUUAUUUGUUGACGAAUUUAUGGAAAUUGUGGGAAUUUGAUUUCUCUCUUGUUAAAUUCACUACAAAUUUUCGUGAAUUUCUUAGUUGGAUCAAUAAGGAUCUCAGUUAAGUUUCUUCUUGUGAGAUUUGAUUAUAAAAGAAAAACGCAGAUGGAGAAAGUGAGGAAUAUUCUGAAGCCCAAGCCAAAUCCACAGCAGCAAUUGAGAGAUUGGCAACGUAAACUUCGCCAGGAGGGUCGUAACAUUGAACGGCAAAUUAGAGAUAUCGAAAGAGAGGAGAAGAAUGUGCAGAAAGCUAUCAGAGAGGCUGCCAAGAGAAACGACAUGGUCUCUGCCAAGGCACUUGCAAAAGAAAUUGUGAGCUCUAGGAAAACAGUGAAUCGUCUUCAUGAAAAUAAGGCUCAAAUGAAUUCAAUAUCGAUGCACCUUGGGGAAAGUGUUGCUAUUGCCCGUACUGUGGGUCAUUUAUCCAAGAGUUCUGAAGUUAUGAAGCUUGUCAACAAUCUCAUGAAAGCUCCAGAAGUGGCUGCUACCAUGCAAGAGUUCAGCAAGGAAAUGACCAAGGCUGGGGUGAUCGAGGAGGUUGUGAAUGAUGCCCUCGACACAGCACUUGACUCGGAGGAUAUGGAGGAGGAGAUAGAAGAAGAGGUUGAUAAGGUUUUGACUGCUAUUGCUGGUGAGACUGCUGCACAGCUUCCUGAAGCCGUCAGGAAGGAAAAACUCAAACAACCUGCUCUGCCAUCAGAUAGUAGCCGGGAGGAGGAACCCAUAGCCGAGGGUGUUGAUGAUGAAGAGGAAUUGGAAGAACUUAGAGCACGACUAGCCAAGGUUAGGUCAUAGACCAUAUUCGAAACCGUCUGGUCUCUCCUUUCAGCCAUAGGUAUAUGCCGGAGGUCAUUGGUCAUCCCUAGGCCAUUUUGAGGAGGUUGCACCAUAUGCAACCCAUUUUUCCACUGCAAAGCCAACUCCAAAGAAGUAUGGUUGUAUAUUAAACGUGGUGUGAUUAAUUGUAACUUGGCUAUGAGCUCUGCAAUACUACAGUUGUCAAACAUAUCUGGUGCGUUUGUAUGUAAUUUAUAAGUACCAAUAUGGUGAUCUUUCAAAGCACUACAUAUUUUAAUGCU